UCAUUUCCCGCUUAUGGCUUGUUGUUGCGAGAUAAGACAGGAACUGGGAGUGUUUUCUGUAGCUGGACACAGUAAAGACAGUUUGGAGAGAAAUGUGAAUGCUGCUUUGGAUUAUUACAAUGAAGCAUGUGUUCCUGCAUGAAGUCUUUCUUGUCUCUCUUUUGUCUUCAGCAGCAGUUAUACAUGCAGUGUCAGUGAGGUCCAUUAGGUCUGUGUCUGAACCUGUGCACUGCAAGUGGGGACCCUGGUCCCCUGAAAGCUGGUCUGCCUGUGAUGGCUGCUCCAAAACACAGACACAGAGCCGCUCCAUUGCCGUCUUCUCUCAGUUUGGUGGUCAGCCUUGCACUGGGAGCUCAACCCGCACACAAUCAUGUAUUUCAGCUCAGGUCUGUCCUCUAGAGGAGGGUUGUGGAGAACGUUUUAGGUGUCAGUCAGGGAAAUGUAUCAGUCAGUCUCUGGUAUGCAAUGGAGAUUAUGACUGUGAAGAUAGCUCAGAUGAGUGGAAAUGUGACAGUAAAGUGAUGUGUGACCUGCAAAAACCUCCACCAAAUGUAGAGCUCACUGGUCAAGGGUUUGAUGCAUUGAGGAAAGAGGCAAGAGGAACAGUUAUCAACACCAAAAGCUUUGGAGGUCUGUGUAGAAAGACCUUCAGUGGAGACCACAGAGACCUAUACAGACUUCCCCAAAGUGUCCUCAGAUACACUUUCCAGGUCACAGCAAAAAAUGAUUUUACAGAUGAAUCCUUUGACAGCUCUUGGCAUUAUCUUAAUCACAUUGAAAAACAUUCAAGAACAUCAGGCACAGCUUAUGGGCAUGACGAUUAUGUCUUCCAUAAUGAGCUGUUACAGUCUCAGUCCAAAAAUCUACUUAUCAUGAAGAGUGAUGUGGAUGUGGCCCAGUUCCAAAACCAGGCCCCAGAAUAUCUGCCACUUUCAGAAGAGUUCUGGAAAGCACUGCUGUCCUUACCUGUAACAUAUGAUUAUGCUGCCUAUCGUAAUGUGCUGGAGAGAUUUGGGACCCACUACAUUUCUGAGGGCACUCUUGGGGGCCAGUUUAGAUUAUUUUUGAUGGCCAGCCAAGAUAUCAUUAAAAAAUUGCAAUCUGUACAAAGAGACUAUAAACAGUGCGUCAAAACGUCCCAUUCUAUCCUGUUUAUCAUCAGGUGGACCACAGAAGAUUGCAAUGAAGAAAAAUUUAACGAGGAACAACCAUUUUAUGAAAGCUUAUCAAAAAAUGAUAUGACCACGGAUAUAUUUGGUGGAGAUCCUGCAUAUAUAGCAAAACUGUCAAUGUUAAACAAAAACACACCAGUGGAGAAUGGAAGAGCGUUCUCACAGUGGUCGGGUUCAGUGAAGGGCUUUCCAAAAGUCAUCAAACCAAAGCUCAGACCUCUCCAUGAGCUGGUAAAAGAGGUCUCGUGUGCGGGGGUGAAAAAGCAUCAUUUAAAGCGUGCAAUUGAGACUUACCUCAGCGAGAAACACUCAUGUCACUGCAGAGAAUGCAAGAACAAUGGGCUGCGCGUGCUUGACAAUGACGUCUGUAAGUGUGUGUGUAAACCAGGCACCGUAGGCCAGGCAUGCGAGUAUGGGACGCCGCAAGAUGAACAGCCAGGAGUGAUUCAUGGAGACUGGGCCUGUUGGUCUUCAUGGAGCACCUGCAAGGAAGGUCAGAAAAGCCGGAGCCGCUCCUGCAGUCGUCCCACUCCUUCAGGCGGCAGGGACUGUAUUGGGAACGCCAUGGAGACGACAGUCUGCGAUGAUGAUCAGGAAUUAGAUUACCUACGUUCAAUGGAGCCUCACUGCUUUGAAAAUUCUUUAACACCCAGGAAAAGUUGUAAAAUCCCCCCCUUCCUCGCUAAUGGGUUUGUUUUGUACCCCAAAGAUGCAUAUCCAGUAGGCAGCAAGAUUGAGUAUGCAUGCAUUGAGGGCUUUCACCUGACUGGGGAUCCUAUAGCAGAAUGUCAAGAAAAUCUAGACUGGGUGCGACAUCAAAUAGAGUGCAAGAAACCAUUAUGUGGUCUGCCUCAGCUUCCUCCAGAUGUCACUGGAAGCCCGUGGAAGCCCACCUAUAACAUCGGUGAAGCUGUCUCACUUUCCUGUCCUGAAGGGAAAGUCAGAGAAGGUCCGGGUGAGAUUCAGUGCAACGCUGGCCUUUCCUGGUCACCACAACCAAAAGAAACCAGUUGUCUCACAGUUUUUAAGCCAACCACUUUGCCAGUGCAGUGCCAGCCAUGGGAGAACCUGUCAAAGGACAAAUGUGUCUGUAAAGUACCCCAUGAGUGCAAGUCUUCCCUGGAGAUAUGUGCCACUGAUGUGAAGCGUGGUCGGACACGGACACUGAGUCUGUGUAAAGUACAGGCUAUGCGCUGUCUGGGACAUCAGUACACUCUUGCUGAAGACAGUGCCUGCAAGUGGCCACAUCGCUCAUCCACUGCUUGUCCGGACUGCACGCUCUGGGAGACGUGUGAUGAGAAAACGAACAGCUGCCGUUGCAAGACAAGUGAGGAAUGCUCAUCCCCGGACGCUUGGAUCCAUGUAUGUGUGCAGCAGGAAGGAGCGUCUGCACCAGUGACAAUGACAGAAUGUGAGGUGGCUGUGAGGAAAUGCAGAGGAGAGGCUCUCCACAUUGUCAGCAUUCAACCCUGUCAGUCAUAAUCUCAGAGCCUCACUAACGAAUUAAAGUGUAACAAUUUAUGUUGAAUCCUGAGAAGGAUUCCUGCAACAGUUUUCUCAGGUUUGCAGAGGAUUCAGUCAAAACACCAUGAAUGUGCUUUAAAAAAAAUGGUAAAUCGGUAAGUUUGGGCAGGACCAGGAAUACAGUGCUGCUGUUUGUUUUUGUAGGUCAACCCAGAAGAUAGCAUCACCCU